AUGAGAGUCCACACAGGAGAGAAGCCUUUUGCUUGUGAGCUCUGUGGGAAUAGAUUUGGUGACAAGGGAAGUUUAAACAUUCACAUGAGAGUCCACACUGGAGAGAAGCCCUUUCCUUGUGAGCUCUGUGGAACAAGAUUUAGCCAAAAGAUAAAUUUAAACACACACAUGAGAGUCCACACAGGACAGAAGCCUUUUGCCUGUGAGCUCUGUGGAUACAGAUGUAGCCAGAAACCUCAUUUAAACACACACAUGAGAGUCCACACAGGAGAGAAGCCUUUUGCUUGUGAGCUCUGUGGGAAUAGAUUUAGUGAAAAGGGAAGUUUAAAUAAACACAUGAGUGUCCACACAGGACAGAAGCCUUUCGCCUGUGAGCUCUGUGGACAAAGAUUUAGCCGUAAACAUAGUUUAAACACACACAUGAAAGUACACACAGGAGAGAAGCCUUUUGCCUGUGAUCUCUGUGGACAAAGAUUUAGCCGUAAACAUAGUUUAAACACACACAUGAAAGUCCACACAGGAGAGAAGCCUUUUGCCUGUGAGCUCUGUGGACAAAGAUUUAGCCAUAAACAUUAUUUAAACACACACAUGAGAGUCCACACAGGAGAGAAGCCUUUUGCUUGUGAGCUCUGUGGGAAUAGAUUUAGUGAAAAGGGAAGUUUAAACAAACACAUGAGUGUCCACACAGGACAGAAGCCUUUCGCCUGUGAGCUCUGUGGGAAAAGAUUUAGCCAAAAGACAACUUUAAACAUUCACAUGAGAGUCCACACAGGAGAGAAGCCCUUUCCUUGUGAGCUCUGUGGAACGAGAUUUAGGCAAAAGAUAAAUUUAAACACACACAUGAGAGUCCACACAGGACAGAAGCCUUUUGCCUGUGAGCUCUGUGGAUACAGAUGUAGCCAUAAACAUAGUUUAAACACACACAUGAAAGUCCACACAGGAGAUAAGCCUUUUGCCUGUGAGCUCUGUGGAUACAGUUAUAGCCAAAAACAUAGUUUAAACACACACAUGAAAGUCCACACAGGAGAAAAACCUUUUGCCUGGGAUCUCUGUAGCGAUAUGAAGAUGCUAUUGUCUGCCCUUAACAGCUGCCCCUUCACACAGUAACAGUGUGCAUGAAUGAACAAGGUUGGGUGCUUGUUUCUAAAUGUUUACAUUCCAGGAAAGGAGACACAAGAAGGAAGAAGAACGCUUUUCAUUAAUUAAUCAAAGAACUUUAUUGGUAAUAAAGCUAAUCAAAACAAAUGUUGAACAAUAAUAAUCAGGUGACUGAUAUGUGAAAUCAAAAUGUCAUGAUUUAUGUGUUUAAUGAAUAAACAGGACUGUGCACCAGACAUACUGAUCCACAGAACGUAAGAACGCAUGACACAAUGUUCUCAUCCAAUCAGAGCUUCCGUCUGUUGCAGGGCAGAAUCUGGGCUGUUUAUCAAUUUGUCCACUCCGAUCUGCUAAGAUUUAUAAACAACUAAGUUAAUAAAACAGAGCAACGCCAUUUUAACUUCAGUUCCACCUCAGUCUCAUCUGAGUUACAUCGUAGACUCAACGUAGUUUCAACCAGCUCUCAAAUCAUCAUCGCUAAAGGAGAUUACAGACUGGCCAGCUGUGUUUUUCUACUUUAAGCUGAGAACUGUCAAGCUGGAAAAUUCUGUCGUUUGAACAACAAGACGACGGUUCCUUCAAAAUAAAAGCUGAACGCGCUGAGACCUGCCACUACUACUAGGAGCUAUCCAUAGACAGGUUUUUGUCGUGCUGCAACACUGUUUCAUCAGUCCAGUACCAAGGAGGUCCGGAGACCUGACAUUCCCGAUCUGACCACGGGAGUUCCUACACGGUACGUAGACUCGGCAAGAUGGCGUUUCAUGUCAUGAGCUUCUGAAGCCCUCGUGGUUCCUAGUCAAAACAUCUGACACCCAGAUCCGCCUGCCUCAGCCUGGAGAUUCUGAACACACACACCAACAUUUCAACAUUCAAAUCCAUAUGCAUCCAUCAUAGAGAGUUAGUCCUGGUAGAUUGUUUGAAUUUAUAAUCAUAGAAAUUAAAGAUUCUUAAACGAUCCCAA